AUGAGGCUGGCCGGUAACCGGUCGGCUGUUCGGCCCGCAUCGCAGUUGCGAUCUCAACCAGGAGCAGCUGGCGUCCUCCAGAAUAUGUACCUGGUGCGCGCUGUUUUAGUGUGCUGCAUCGUCAUUCUGACGUGUGCAAGCACUCAUGUGACAGCAGACGGCGUCCAUUUUGCGGCCUCAAAUGAGGAGGAGUUUGACACCUAUCUUUCAGCGCUUGAGGACGUGGAGGCUGAAACUACCUGCACGCUCGAUUUUCACCCCAACCUUGCCGCCAUCCACAUUUUGAAGGCGGACCUGACAAUUGCUUGCAAUUUUCAGCUCAACACGACCAAUGUCACGCUCGUGCAGCCCCAUGCGAACAGCAGCCUCACCCUCACAGGCACCCGUAUCUGGUUACAAGGCGUGCGCUUGGAAGCUGCUAGCAUUGCGCUGCUGGUGUCACGACACAAUGCCCAGGUCGUCAUUAAGGACUCUCAUAUUUCGGGCACCGAUGUUGCCAUCAUGGUAAUGGCCCAAAACUCCAUCGUCGCGCUGUAUAACAGCGCUCUCUUCGCCUCGGAUGCCGCGCUGAGCUUGGCCACCAAUGGAACUUUGACUGUCGAACAUACAUCCAUCGCAAGCAUGUUGGGGAUCGUCUCACCCUUUGGGGCCGCACGAUCUUUGGAGAUCAUCCACAGCCAUAUCACGGCUUGCUUGGCAAUCCGCGGAGCGGCCAACCACCUGCUCCUCGCUGACUCUUCUGUUUCCCUAGCCGACUCUGCUCUCGACUGUCACACAGCGGGGUUAAUUUACCUGGACAAACCCGCUCGUACUGUCAAUGUGAGCCGCAAUGAGAUCGAACUUGGCAACGCCUCUGCAGUCACACGGGUGGUGGGUGUCAUCCACCUGCUUGAUGCCACCAAUGUGAGCGUUUACAACAACACCUUCCUUGCCACCCCUCAAAGCACGCAAUUGGAUUAUUGGGUGUUUAUUCUCAACGGCACACGUGCCGUCGUGGCUCAAAACACUUUCAAUGGUGGAGGCGGUCUCAUCUAUACCCAAUUUCUCUCUCACGUCAUGGUGGAGGACAACUUUGCCUCACUUCAAGUGCACUGGCGCAUUUACACCCACGGCUGUCUCAUGAUCGACAGUCGUGUCCUACUGCUCACUCGAAAUAUUCUCGACCUGGUGACUGGCAGUCGCGGCGUUUACGCCACCUGUUCCCAGUGCUUGGCCGUCGAUAACACCAUCAAUUUUGCCCUGGCCAACGGCUCUUCGAUACCAAAUACCGCACGCCUGGCCGUGCUGGGCUUUGGUCAAAGCACAGACGAUGAGCCUGGCCAUGGCCUUUGUCAAAACAACCACAUUAUUGCCUCUUUCCGGCUUCAGCACGCCAUUGACAUCCGCCAGAGUCAUGCCAACUGGACGGUAGUGGACAAUACCGCCAUGACCAUUGUCGACAAUGUGCCAAAUGUCGUGGAGCAUUACGGCAUCUAUUUCGAGGGAGGUGCGCUGCAUAGCUUGCGCAAUACCUUCAGCUACUAUGGUUUGGGCAUUGUCGUGGUCCAAUGCAACACGGCUGUUUUUGAAAGCAACAUCGUGCUCGGAAGUUUUGUGGCAGUCUGGCUCGAUUUCGCAGCCUUGCACGCUGUGCUCGGAGGGGCCACAGAUCCUCGCACGCAGGCCAAUUGGCUUGAGGCCAGCAACACUGGUAUUCGCGCCGGCGGUGCAAAUGCUACCCUAUAUGACAACACGCUUGCUGGAAACCCAGACACGGUACUGAGAGUGGAUGGUGCCGUCCGUGUGCAUUGGCUCGACCCUUUGAAUAUCGCGGACGUUGUCUUGUUUAGCCUGGGCCAUGGGUGCGAACGCCAGGCCCAACUCCUGGUCACGGCUCUUGACGUCAGAUUUGCGGGCACCACGAGUAUAGCAAGAGCUAAUGCCGCGAUAGAGGACGGCUGUCCAAGUACACAGCUGACCAUGCGUGGCUCUCCUGACCGGCCCAUUCGGCUUCGAAACGCCGUCUUGAUGCUGGUGCUGCUGCUUGAUAAAAGCAAUAUAGAUCUAAGCUGGGUCGAAAUGUCGUCCCCUUCCCCUGACUGGAACUUUUACGUGGGGGGCGAUCAAAGUCGCGUGACUCUGCACGACGUACACAUUACUCGUGGACAUCUCGUUGUGGCCGCGCAGGCGCCGGUUAUCUCCAACCUCGUACUCGUGGAUGCGCAGGAGCGAUUUGCUUUCAUGCUGACUGCAUCCGAUGCCCAGCUUGAGAACGUGAGCAUCGUCAACGCCACUCAAAAUGGCAUAGCGAUCUAUGGCGCAGCCCCCGACACUCUGAAUACUCUUGCAAACGUUCGCGUAGCAAACGCCAAUUUGAAUGGGACAUUCCUCUCCUUUGUGCAUCACUCGGGCGAUUUGCACCUGAGCAACUUCACAGCCAACGCCGGCUUGAGUACAAACGCGACGCUCUACGCCGCGAAUGUGGUCAUUGACGCCCUCGUGCCGAUCGAGUUGCUCGGCGAAGCAAAGCUGACCCUAUCAGGCCGCGUGCAAUUGACUUCAGCGACAGUUGCAAUCAAGACUUGCAACCCCCUCCAAAUCAAGAAUUCGGACCUGUGGGUGGAUGCACCGCUGUUGUUAGGCCAGAACACCACCUGCACCACGGCCGUAGCGGCCAACAUAACCUCCUCGCGCGUGACUUUAAUCCAAGGUGGAUUAUACGAUGCACGCUUUACACCAACCGUGUCCAACAGCACGCUUCGUUACCGGAACGCAUCCCUGGGAGCAGAUUUAUGCAUCGGCCUGGAUGGGACGGACACCGUCGAAGUACCCUAUCAACGUUUUUCUGACAUUUGGCCAUGUCCAUCUGCUGUGCUGGUCAAGCCCGUGCGUUGUCAGAACGGCUCUGCCUGGACCGAUGACGAUGCCAAUUGCGUUGUGUUUGCCGUCCGUGUUGUCCGCACUCAAUGCCAUGUAGGCACCACAACAGAGUUUUCUUUUGCAAGCCCAAAGUUCAAUCUUGCGUCUAGCGCCUUUGUCAACCUGAGCCUUGUCGCCUGCGAAUGCCAGUACAGCGGUAGCUGUGACCCGCCUUGGCCAACGUGCUGGGUUGCGCCGAUCGUAGCUGACGCAAGCUAUCCACCCUCUGAGGAAGAAUGUGCGCGCCAUCUUGCCCUCCGUGGCACUGUGGACAAACUAUUUGCGCAGCAUCUAGACGCCACGUGCACUAUCGACGCCAUGGUCGCCGUGCACAACGCCGCAGCCAGCUUCAAGUCGCUCUUCGACCACAGUCUGACUUUGCAAGGUCGACCAGAUUGGACACGCCUCCACGAUGUGCUGCACAAGGUCGUUGAGGUCACCGACACCAGCGGACAGCUUGCAAUCACUGGCCCCAGCGAUUUGGCAUUUGUCAUGCCGUUAUUCGGUCAAUACUCGCUUCCCAACUUGCGCCUCAGUGAGCGAAGCCUGGUCGUUUUGCCCUUGGAACCCGGAUUCUAUCGCUUUUAUUUGUUGUUUCAGCGUGCUUGGGACAUGACGUGCGGUGCUGAGAUACCCGCUUCAGGCCAACACAAUCCACAGCAGAACUGCGCCGGCAUGCCAGACGCGGAAUGCAUACUUGCUUGCGAAAAUUCGGGCGUUCCAGUCACCGCCGUCUGCAUGAAUCAAAGCUGGCAUGUCUCUGAUAUGUCAGCAGGAGCGCAAGCGCCUUGCAGCGCCUCGCUGCUCUCAACUGAGGACGUCAAUUCCUCUACCUUCAACGCUUCGAGCAUUGUGCCCGGUCUUAGGACGCUGCUGCCUCACAUUGGGAACUCGGACGCUUUGAGUCUCUUGGCAAGCCUAGACACGUACACGACACGUGUGUACUACACGAGCCCAGACGCCGUGGCUGUCGGAGUGAGUGUCUUUCCUACACAGGGAAACGGUGUUUUGCAGAUCCGCUACGAAACCCAGUCUGGGGAUCGGCUUCUCGUCAAUGGUCAAACACUGGAGCACGAUCAUGACGAUGUGUUUUUGUACCCAAUCUCUGCCAACGUACCAGAGCUGCGUAUUGCCUUGGUGCGCACAGAUACGCUCACCAUCCCUCGCAUCUUCGUGCGUCAAAACCGGUUGUCCGAUCCGACGCUCUGUUUUCAGUUGACCGACUGCAUGCCCGCCUCUUUGGAUGUGUGCCACAUUACGCCGGUUGACUCGUUACUCUUUGCGCCAGUAUACAUGGUCCGUCGCUUUGAUCCCAGAAAUGUCGUGCUUCUGACUUUUGAAAGCUGGCUUGAUUGUGCGCGCGCGCUGCAAGAAAAUGGGAAGGAUGGUCUUGUGCUGCCCCGAGGUGAAGCUACACUGCUGGACUUGGGCGGGGCGCAACGUGUGACUACGGAAUGGCAUGAAAGCUGCGAGCCGGUAUUGGGGUCGGCAUUUGAUGUCGCUUUCAAAAACUUCAACGCACACGGGCAUCUGGAUUGCCCUUUCACGUACUUUGGCUUUGACUGCAUAGCUGAUUGUGGUGAAGGUUACGUCGCAAGUCAAAAUAGCUUGCGAUAUUUUUGUGAUCGUGGGCAUUGGCGCUGGCACACGGACAAAGUGCCCACUUGCGAGCGGGUAGUUAUGCAGGACAUGGAUCGAAACGACGUCAAUAGCCUCCCGCCAAUUCCUGCCGUCUGGAAUUUUAGCCUUCAACAGCUGCCUUUUAUGCCGGACGCUUUGCUCCAGCGCGACCCAUUCUAUUUGGAUGGACUUUUCAACGCCAGCACACGGAUGUCCACCUGGCAGUGGCAACGACACUCCUUAAGCCUGCAUGCUGUGGUCGAUGGCAAUAAGGUGCCGUUCUCUGCCACAAUGCCGUGGGUGUUUCCCGCGGUAAUUCGAGCUCAGACUGUCAUCACCAACACCACUCUCUUGGCAGCCCAGGCCGUGGGCCUCUCCUUUCGCACCACACACCGCGUUGUACUCGUCGUGGAUGGCCUGCGGGUGGAUGUGCCCAAGGACUCGAGCACGUUUAAUUUUCGCUGGGUCUUCUUGCCUCACAACCCAACAACAACCCAACGCGACAUCACAGCGUAUGUGAUUAUCGAUGAGCCUGAGAACGUGGGCGUUGACUUGGUCUUCAAUUGGAUGUCUUGGCCAUUGGCAAACUGGUCCACUGCGUUGGCAGCACCCCUGCUGUGUCGCUUCUUCCCUGGCAACGGAUGCGGUGCCUUCAAUCCACAAUUCUGCUUUGCUCCCAUUGCGAACAGUUAUGUCCUGGACACCGGCAGUGGGGCCCAGGGCCGCUACUGGAUUACAAACACCACCAUGGACUCCGUGGCUUUGAUCUUGGCCAAUCCAGCGACUUACAUACCGAACGCCUCAGCGACUGAGUUUGCUCAGUGCCAACCCCUCGAUGACUUUCGCUCCUUUCAGCCUGCCGUCAGCUGCUUUGCCCAGCGAAACGUCGCGGCCCUCUGCCCUGGUCAGCUGGUGGAGACCCCAGACAAGCAGCUGCGACUCGACUUUGACUGUGUUUCUGGGGAUGGCAACAUUCGUUGCGAAGAUGACGGUGCCACGUUGACCAACACAACACUGCAGUCAAAUGUGGAGGAGCGCCUUCGUCUGGAGUAUGGGCAGUUGCUGGCGCUCGCUGACUUGCACCGCGCGUACCCAGAUGAGAUAUCUGAGCCCUUGCGCUUGCUUGGUCAGGGCAUGUACGGCGAGGUGCAACUCUGUGCCUUCAAACCCGUCUCAGAACGACGCCCUGCCUCGCAGCGCGCGGAUGCGGUACCGGUGGGCGAGGCGGCGGUGAAGACGGCCAAACUAAAUACCCUGAUGAUGACGAGUGCGGACGGUGAAUUAACCCCCAUGGCCCGACGCGUGGUGACACAGUUUUUGCUGGAGGCACGCGUGCUGGGCGCGUUGCAACAUCCAAACAUUGUGACUGUGCAAGCGUUGCAAGAUGAAUACUUUCCCGUUCAGCUUGUGAUGGAAUUUUGCGAGGGUGGUGAUUUGCUUACCAUGUUGCGAACGAGUCGGGCGGCUGCGUUUCCCUGCGGUCUGGCCCUGGCCUAUACGGACAUGGCAUGGCAAAUUGCCUCCGCCGUGGAGUAUCUCCAUGAACAGCUUUGCAUUCAUCGCGAUCUGGCUUGCCGCAACGUUCUUCACACGCAGACCAGCAGCAGAAUGUGGACCAAUUGUGGAAGGUUGCUGAAACUGGCCGACCUGGGCUUGGCACGAGGCGUGCAGAAUGAAAGCGCAUACUACAAGAAACAAUCAGACGAUCGUGUCCCCUUGCGCUGGCAAGAUCCACAAGCCGUGAAGAGUCGCAAGUAUACGACCAAGUCCGAUGUCUUUUCCUUUGGCGUGGUGUUAUUUGAAGUAUUUUCGGGUGGUGAGGUGCCUUACAAGGAAUUGGCAGCCGUCGAGGCUCUUCAGGCUGUCUCCAAUGGAUUGCGCUUAUCGCGGCCGAGCAACAAGCAAAUGCCCGACGACAUCUAUGAUCUCAUGCGAAAAUGUAUGGUCAAAGAGAUAGAACGCCGCCCGGCUAUGGUACAGGUGCGGGAACAAUUGGGUCGGGCCGUCAUCCAACAAGGAGGCCGUUUGCCCCAAAGUCCUCCGGGUUACGUGGCCAAUUUGGCGCUUGAUGUCCAAGACUUUGAAGAGACUGAACUGUAAACACGAGCCACAUUCGUAUGAUAACCUAGACUCAAUAAUCGAUUCGGUAUCAUU